CAUAUAACGCGAAUGACAGUAGGAGCAGAAAGUUGACCAACAAUAAUUACUGGUGUCCUUUGCGAGUUUUGCGUUUAUACUUUAUUAUUCAGUACAUAAAAUAAUUGUUAUGUGCAUGGAAUCAAGGGACGACCUAAUACAAUAACAGUGGCAAACAGUGAAUUAUUUUUUCCUCGGUUCUUUCCGUGGUUUUCUCUAAUAUAUAUGAUCGAUUAAGACAGUACUGUUAAUGCUCCCCUCUCCCAAUGUUCUGCAUCAUAAGGCCUAGAUAUAUAUAUCUAAUGGAAGAGGGUAAAGAAACAACCGUGUUGCCUAUCGACUAGUCUCGCGAGAUGUGAGAUGUGAGACGUGAAACAGUUUGGCAGUGUCCAAUGAAAACAAUCAUGGCUGACAGUUUGCGAAUGGCUUUUGGGAAAGUUGUAAACCGGUAGCGGUUAAUGGAAUAAAUUGAACAGACUGAGCACAAUCAAGUGAAUCAUGGCAAGUCCUCUGGAUGAAACUUCCCAGAUGGGAACUCUAAUAAGAGAGGCAGCGUCUUACUUUGAUAAUCUAGAAAGAUACGAUAGUCAAGAACUCUUGGCAUUCAGCAUGGCGCACUGGAUGCUUUCGACAGAUGUGUUUCGUCUUCCUACUGAUCAGCCUCAAGGUCUUAUCUCAAACAUUUCUCCUAAAGAUGACGCAGCAAUAAUUCUGUUUCCAGUGGAUGACAAAAGCCCACCCUUGUGUUAUAGAGAGGUUCAUAAUAUCAUCCGAGAGUUAACAAUUGGUAUGUAUGUAAUGCAUCAAACGCCACUGAUCUCAUUGGAAGCUAACUAUGACUUGGCUACUGUGUGCAAUAUUCCUCCUGCCUAUCAAGACACCCGCAUUGGACAGCUUUUGAUAGCUGUGGACUACAUGAUGAAAGCACUAUGGCAUGGAGCCUACUUUCCAAAAGACAAAAGGACUAAAUUCUCUGAACGAUGGCGCACAAAUCUAGAUGUGAAUGCGUCCGGAAAACCUGAGACAAAGAAGCCUCUUCUGACUGAGUUUCUAAGUGCAGGUCUCUUAGACAUCACAAAAGAUCCAGAUUUCGGCAACAUCUAUGACGAAAUGCCAGCAGAAAUUGCAGGGGAUGCUGAGAUGGCAGAAGAGCGUCGUUUUUUCAUGAGUCAUGUUGACAGUCUGAGUAUGAAGCUUACUUUUUGCCAGGAUAAAGCAGAAAGCUACAAGAAUAUGUAUAUAGUGCAGGCAGAUUAUGAAGUGUCCAGUAUCGUAAGUCUUCUUGACAACCAGAUAGACCAUACUGGAUAUGAAAGACUGAAGACAAGACUACAAAUGCAUGAAGAGAUCAUCAAGAAACACAUGGCAGCCAAGCAAGAAACACGCAGGCAGCUAGAGCUUCUGAAGCUUGUCAGUUACCUGACGCCUUUCUUACUGGGCAUGAGAAAAAGAAUGAAAAUACCUGACAUCAACAAGCUGAUGUCCCGGUAUGGAGUUGACGAGUGCCGUACGGAACGAGAACUUCCUCCUCUCAUUGUGGGGCCUGAGUUCAAAUGUAAAAAUUUCAUGUUCAACGACCACUACUUUCAUCUCCAUGGAGGCAUCACAAUGGACCUUGAGACAGACACUAUGACAGAAGCUCCAUCAGAAUUUAUUGAAGGUUACAGUAAAAUUGUGGAAGCAGCUCAAGUAGGCUUCCAUGGCAUUCUCCAUUUAGAUCAGGCUCCAAAAGAACACUACAAUAUACCUGUGGUGACGGUGGAUGGUCAAGAGUACUAUGCCAUCAUGCUUCAGCUUGAGACAUUUUAUGGAACAAACCCUCAACGACCUUUGUGGGUCAGAGCUUACUGUGAGGAGAUGGACAAACUGAAGCCGAAGAGGUUGCCCAUACCUGAUAACAACAUUCAUGAGCAGUUCAAGAAAAACUUUGGUUACAAGAAAGCCAUUAAGUAUAAGACUCCUUUCAAUGGACUGAAAAUCUGUGCUCAACGAGGGAUGGUUGCUAUGUUCAGUGCUCUGGCUCGCAAGAUGACUGGAUCUCGAAUCAGCAAACAAGACGAGAAUGGCUUGUCCUUUCUGCACCAUGCAGCAAUAAACAAUCGUCCCCAAAUCAUGGUUCUGUUGCUCAUGAGUGCAGUUGAUGUGAACGUGAGACGCAACAACAUUCUAUCAACGGGUCCCACUGCUCUCCACAUGGCUGCUCGGUGUGGCUCUCUGGAUGGGGUCACAUGUCUCUUGGCAAACUAUGCCAAUAUUCUGGCCACAGACCAGGAUGGAUGGGCACCGAUCCACCACGCUGCUUUCUUUGACCAUAAGCCUGUUAUAAAGCUCAUGGUUCGAAAAAACACAGGCUUGCUUGAACUUCCAACAAAAAAUGAUCAGAAAUCCACUCCCUUGCUCCUGGCUGCCAGUUCCGGAGGUUUGUCAGCGGUGCAGUGUCUUAUAGAGCUGGGUGCUAUGGUGCGUACCAAGGAUGGGGACGGCAAUGAUCUCGUCACCCUGAGUGCGCUCCGGUUUCACACCAACGUGCUGGAGUUCAUGAUACAGAUGGACAGCCCUGACGCUCCGGUGUGGGAUGUUUUAGUGGAUAUGCUUAAUGACGAAAGUAUGGCUAAAAAGGACAGUGCAGUGAAAUGUUUAGAAGUGCUCUCAACAUCGAAACCAGACCAUUGGAAAUGCAUACUGGAAGCAAAUGGUGUCCCUGCCUUAGUGAGUCUCCUGCACCUGGACAAUGUAGAGAUUCAGUCUGUGGCUGCGUCUGUCCUGUGCAACACCUCGGAGAAUUACGAGAUUCGCCUGGCUCUGUCGAAAGCCAAGGCUGGCCCCAUCCUCAUCCAGCUGCUCAGUUCUGAGGUGGAUGACAUCCAGUCACGGGCGGCCAUCAUUCUCUCAGACAUUGCCUGUAUUGAGGGGAAUCAGACUUUGAUUGCUGACAAUGGUGGCAUUGCUCCCUUGGUGAACCUUCUGGACUCGGAGCUAGAGGAUGUGCUUGUGAAUGCUGUCAAUGCCAUUCGUGUGCUGUGCAACGGCAACCAGUGUAACCAGGACGCUGUUGCCCAGUGCGGGGGUCUGGAGCCAUUGGUUGAGUUCUUGGAUGUCAAAUCUGAAGACCUUCAGGCUGGUGCUGCUGCUGCUCUGGCUGCCGUCACGGCAAAGAACAUUGAGAACCAGAAUGCUGUGAUCAAAGACAAUGCUCACAAACCCCUAGUGGAACUGAUCCGAUGCAGCCGUAGCACAACGGUGCAGGUGAAAGCUGCCAGUGCUGUGGAGGCUCUGGCUACAAACAAUGCUUACAGUCAGAAGCGCUUCCUAGAACUGGAUGCUCCGAAAGCUUUGAUUCGACUCUUGAAGAAUGUCUUUGUUGAAGUGCGUGAACAAGGCGCUUGUGCCUUGUGGUCUCUGGCUGGCAACACCAAGACACAGCAGAAGUACAUUGCUGAACGCAUCACCAUUCCACACAUCAUCCAGAUGCUGCUAGAAGCUACGGAGAAGCUUCUAUAUGUUGGUUGUAUGACAGCCAUAGCUUUGGGCUAUGAAAACAUGGCUAGUCAGAACAAAUUAGCUUCUGCAGAUGCUUUUCAACAACUGGUAAGACUUUUACGCUCGGCAAAGACAUCGGAGAAAGUCCUGCUGAUGGUCAUCAAAGUUCUGGGAAUACUAUGUGUUGGUGUGGCUUACCGGAACAACAAAGUGACUCAGAGGAAAAUUGCUGAAGAAGGAGGGAUCCCAGUUCUUGUUCACCUCCUUAUCCACCCUCCUAAUGACGAAAUCAAAGUGGAAGUGGCCAUAUCCUUGGGCUGUGUUGUGCUCAGCAACAAAGAAAAUCAGGAGAAACUUCAGGAAGAGCCAGGGUUCAAGUUUAACAUUCUGUUAGCUUUGUUGAAAUCAAAAGAUCAGGAAACUCAGCUGCGGGCAGGCAUGGCUCUGACAAUCUUUGCCUUCAACAACACACCACAACAGUUUGCUAUCCGAGAGGCAGGGGGCAUAAAGUACAGCAUCUUUGAGAAGUUUGUGAACUCCCAAGAUGAAUUCUACCAAUGCUAUGCUGCCUUCCAGAUCGUGGUACUAGCCAGAGUUAUUGUUGACCGGGAUCAGGUGCCUCUGACCGCCCAGGGCAUCACAAUGUUGGUGGACAAAAUCGGUUCUGACAAGGACAAGGUUGUGGUUUUAGCAUGCAGCCUGUUGUCCUCCCUGGCACAUACCAGGGCUGGUUUGACCGAUGCUAUGAUCACGACCGGGGCACUUGACCUUUUAGUCAGUAAGCUGGACUCGGAGAAUGAUCUAGUAAGAAAUGGUGCUGCUGUGACUAUGGGGUACCUGACCUUUAACAAAACAGCGUACCGCUUGCUGUUUUCUUUGUGUCGCAACAUGCCUGGCCUCUACAAUAAACUAAUGGACAACAUUGGAGAUGAGCCGCGCAUCAACUCAGAAUUCAUCAACGACUUCAAACGUGCCAUGGUCAUCGGGCUUCCUACACAAUGCUUGGAAAUCAAUGGAGGCCGUCCAGUUGAGUCUGGUAAACCAUACUCAGGAAGGCGCCCGAACACUUCCCACGAGAGUCUUUCGAGGAACAAUCAUAACACUCAUAACAGGGCAGUGUCUGCACCCAUGAAGUUGAUGAGAAGUGGCAGUGGCAGACAGCGCAUCAUUCCGGACUUGGUUGUGCAGACAAAUGUGCUGCAGAACAAGAAUUUUGACUCGUCUCAGCAAACCCGACCGGCUUCAACUUCCACAUGUGUUUCUAGCAAAACUGGCAGCUUUAAAACCAAGUUGAGCACUUAUAAGAAGUAGCGUGUACUGUGUGCAUUUCAGUAGAGAGUGGGGCUUGGUAUACCUUGUUAGUUAGACCAUCUCAGUAUGAUGUAAACUGGAUGGAUGCAUAAAAAUGUCGCACUUUGUAAACAGAAGGUGAUUAUUAUGUGGAAGUUUCCACUUACUAAGCAUGUAUUAAAAAAAAAACAAAUUAUAAACUCUCAGUUACAUUUGUAUUUUGUUCUGUGCGUUGUUUCUUUUCGAUGUCUGCUCCAUAUAUGCACAGUGGUGCUAAGUGGUACAAGGAAAGCUUGUCCUACAGUCUUUGUCCCACCUGAUCAAAGCAGUGUAGCAACUAGCUAUAUGAUAUUUGGUUUAAACUUUGUAUUAGAUGCUACAUCAAGCAGCUUUGAUUUCUUGUUUUUUUCACAUUGUCAUCCAAGCAGGUUAAUUGUUGUUUCAAAUUUUCAAGGGAGUAUUUCAAUAAACUGUCUCGAUGUCACCUUCAGGGUGAUAUGUUACCUCCUGACUAGCAAGCAAUUCAAGUUUUUGGUCAGGUUCACCUGACGUUUAGACAGAGUCUGUGACCGAGAUCAAAGUGCUGCUGGAGGUGAAACGCUUUAAGUACUACAGAGCAUUUACACGUAAAUUGUGGUCAUAGAAUAUCUUUUUACCCUCUAGCAUCCUUUUUUAAAUUUUUUUAGCAUCCUAUACAUUCAUUAAGAUAUAUAUUAUAUAUAAUUUUUAUUUUUCAGUUUAAUUGAAUUGAUUUUACAUGCGAUGAAACAGAAUCGGAAAUCUUAUGUUUCUUUGUUGUUAAAAGGAGUUUUACUCUUUCUCAAAUUGCAUCAAUUUCUGAUCUAGCACUCACAAUACAUGCACCAAACUUGAGCUUUAAGAUUAUCAGAUUAAUUUUCUCCGCCCAGUUGUUUUUCCUUCUCAUGAAAGUCUCUUUAACCAGAAGCAUUUAUUUAACUCUAAUUUUGAAAAGCUCAUUAAGCAUUUAAAGCUCAUCUUUUUGGCUACUGUGGCUUAGUUAGGUAUGAAUAAUUAGACUAUAAUGUGAAAAUUAUAGAUUUGAACAAGAGUUGAAAAAUUAUUUUAAAAAAAAUAUUUGCUUGUCUUAUGUUUCUUUAAAGUUCUGUGUUCCAAAAGGAUGUCAAUUAUCUAGAAGAAGAAUGGCAUUGAGUUUCAACAAAGUUACGAAGCUCCUUUGUAACAUCAAAUAUUAAAGGUUAGUUUUGUUCCUUUUAUUUUAAAAUGAAUACAGUGAAAUUGCGCAGUUCCAAAAGAGCAUUCUUUGUAAGCAAUAGGUGCGAUUGUCCCUAUUGUUUGGCUUUUGCCUUUUCAACCAUAUUUGCCUUUAAUCAUUUUAUCAUUAUUUUCCCCUGCCAACUUUAACGAUGCCUUUGAACACAUUAAGUUAUGUUGCACUCAUAUUUUAAUACACGUUUUUUGCUGCAUGUAUUUUAUAUCACGGCUUCUGUUGCAACAGGACAGUUUAUCACAGCUUAAUUUGUUCACUUAUUGAGUUGAAGAAUGAUUUUUUUAAAGAAUUAUAAAACAUGCCAUAAUUUUGUCACAUCUUUCUGAUUACCCUUUACUAGUUUCAUUGACAAGACUGUUUAUAGGCCUAUUGUUUUUUCCUUAUCCUUUGUAGAAAAUAUUUACCUUGAACAUGUCUUGUCAAUUUUGUACUGAUAUUAAAACGAGACUGAAUUGUGUUUCUUGCUGACAAUUAUUCUAACUGUCUUGUCAACAUUGUAUCAAUAAUUUGAAGUUGUAUCCUUUUUCAGAUAUUAGUUUAUAAUUUAUGUGCUCAAUUACCAAACAGGAAGACUGGGGUAAACUCUGAAAACGGAAUAUGGCGUUGUUUCUGUUUCAUUGGUUGUAUCUUUGAAUAACCUUUAAGCCCUGACUCCCUGAGGCUACUGUGCCUCUCUGAGUGAUAUAUAUUACUAACAUUCAUAAGAUCGUCAGAAUCAUUUUCCAUAUCCUAUUCAGGGUAGUCCUCAUCAUUACCAGCGUCUAGUUCAGAGAAAGAUCUUCAAAAUAAUCAAUAACAUCAUGAGUAGUAAACACUGUUUUUCGUGUGCGUUUUGUCCCAGACGGGCCGGGUUGGAGAUAAGGUCUUGCUCAUCGGUGUAUCGGUGGCUAGGCUUACAAGCAGCUUUACAAGCGACCGGUCUUCCGGUAGCAAGGACAUUUAAGGAUUAAGGAGAAGCUGACUUUCAUGUGAAAGGCAAGAAUGGUGUUGUCCUUAUCUCAGUGAUUGAUAUCCCUUAUUAGUGCUCAUAUGCCUUACUUUUCUUCCAUGAAAUCAUUAUUUGUGCUCACGCUCUAUUGCCCGUCUCAUAAAUGGUUUAAAGUGCGUUGAUGUGGGAGUAAAAUACUUAAAGUUACUUUCUACACUUUUUUAUUCACUCUCGAGCCUUGUUUAUUCUAAGUUCAAAUUAUUAUAAAGGAAACUGCAGGGUAGGAAUGCUUGAUUUAAAACGUGUGUUCUUAUUAAGUGUUUUAGAGUAUACUUUUACAGAAACACUAAUGAGAAAAGUAUUCCUUAUUGACAUUUUAAAAUCUCAGUGGCUUUGUUUAGUUUCUUGUGUGAUCAGUUUCGAUGCUACUUAAUGCAUGAGGCAGCAGUAAGGUCAAAAGAUUUUGAAAAGGAAGGAAGAGUCAUUAAUUAUAAGCAAUGUUAUUCUCUUAAUCACCUGUAUCACAUUUAUCCGUUUUUGUUGUAAAGAUGAUUUUAAAAAAAAUUGCAAUGCAUUCCAUGAUGGUAGCAAUGGUGAGAACUUCUGUGUCUUUCUCAUUCUUGUAAGUGUAUUUCUUUCUGUCCAUGGACCCUUCCCUCCUC